GCAAGAUAGCUUUCUAUACAACUUGAAAAAAAAAAAAAAAAUCGGCCAAAACUGUCGCGAGAUCUCCCCGCCUUCAACCCUUUUUUAUAAUACCUUAUUAGAAAGGGUUCCCCUACCAAGUUAGCUAUUUAGCGAGCUCUCAUCUACUCUUAUUAGAACAGUAGGGGUUUGGCCUAGGCUUACCGCCGGGGCCAAUUACAUAGUACCAAAUGCAUCACACUCGUCGCAGAUCCGGUCACACCUCGACCAAUAGCUCAACAACUGAUGUUCGCAAAGUCGGCACAACUUCUGAUGUCUCAAAACCCAGGCGGCCACAGACACUAACCAGAAAAUCAACCCCGCAAACAGUACUAAAGCUAGGCAAGAAUCCCAAGGAUCGUGAAAGGGAAUGGGAAGAGGAGCGCGGGUUUGAGGAUGAGCGAGAAAGCUUCCCUCAAUUUUGCAUGACCUGUGAAAAGCAAUUCACCCCACAAGAUGAGAAGUUUUUAUAUUGCUCAGAGGCGUGCCGCGAGCGUGACCAAAAUGCAAGUGUAAGGGGAUCGUCAUCGCACCAUCCAUCUAAGGGACAUGAUGGCUUCGGUGCCAAUUUCCCGUAUUACUUGGUUGGAAACUCGGAGCCCCGAGAUAUCAUCCCACGCGCCUCCCCUUCUCGUUGGUCGCCUCCCACAACACCAACAACCGGUCAAUACACCAAUGCCGUCUCAGCCCUGAGGUCAUUGAGCAUACGACCAGUGAGCCCGACCUCGUCAAUUCCGGGCAAUGCCGCAUGGCCGUUUACGCGCAGCGCUGUUACUAGCCCUAGUACGUCGUACACAAAAUCGGCCAACAAUUUCUACUCGUCAACCUAUGAUAACGGCUACGCUGUUGCAGGUUAUGGGUAUGCCCAAGGUGGAAUGACGGACCGGCCAUUACCCUCCAGGAAACCGGGCGCCUACUCGAGACCCAAGAGCAUCGAGCUAGUUACGCCGAUAGUCGGCCGCUGAGCGAGUGAUCUAAAAAUGAGUUCUGGCCCGCCAUAGCGCUGACGUGAGCUUCGGAUAGUUUUUGAUUCGCAUCGCCCGAUCUUGUCACGUUCAGCAGGUCAGGUUUAAUGUGUCGACGUGGGGAACCAGUUACAUUUACGUCGAGACCUUGGGCUUGGUUACAUCAAUUGAAUGCGGGGGCGACUCCCAGAUACAUAAAUCUGGGUAAGGAGA